UUUGUGUCGUAGACAAGAUUCAUGUGUUGGAUAUUUUUAUUUUCAGACCAAUGACGUUAGAUCACGUGACAAUACGUGUGAUUGCAUGUUUUGGAAACUCUAAAAGAAAUUAUAUUUUAACUUAACACGACUUUCCUGUUAAUCAGGAAGUAACACAAGUGGAGAGGCUUGAGUCGCCUAUGAAAACGCAACGCUAACGUUUCCGUGGAAAAACAACUACAGUAUAUUCAGAUCUAAUCUAAAGCACAACCAUCAGUCCUCAUACACGAAUGGAGUUUGCAAUCAAGCACACAUGGGACAGCAAUCCUGUGGAUCAUGACCCUAUCAGGAUCAUCUUCUCUCCUGGACAGGAUGGGCUGAAGAUGGAGGUGGAUGGUCCCUUCUUCAAUGACCCAGCAGCUCCUCCAGGACCUCCUGGUCAGCCCUUCCCUGGACUUUGGGAUUAUGAAGUUGUUGAGUCAUUCUUCCUUGAUAGCACGACAGAAAAUUACCUGGAAGUAGAGCUUUGCCCACAUGGACAACACCUGAUAUUAUUGCUGUCAGGAGUACGCCAAGCAUUCAUGCAACAACUGCCAAUGGUCUUUAAUGCCACAACCACAGGGGGCAGGUGGACAGGUGAGGCUCUCAUCCCCUGGACAUACUUCCCUCCUAAUGUCAACAAGAUGAACUCCUAUGCCAUCCACGGCUCAGGAGAGAAGCGGACGUACGAGGCGCUCUACCCCAUUCCUAAGGCAGAGAUAGUGGAAGGCCAAACACCCGACUUCCACCGCCUGGAGUACUUCCAAAAUUUCCGCCUCCAAAGCAUCAUGGGAGAAGGCUGGGUCCAGCCAGAGUCUGAUCUGUGGAAAGGAAAACCCUGAGCUUUUCAAAAACAUAUUUGCCUUAUCUGUCUCUGUGUGUCUCUCUCUCUCUGUCUCUGUGUCUCUCUCGCACACACAACACGGUGGCAGGGUAACAAUACAAACACUCAUUGCCAGAGAACAAAGGGCAAUCAAUCUUUAUUAGUUAAUGAUGUCAAAUGAUAUGACAAGAAAUCUGUUAUCAGCUUGUCCGAGCGUAUUAGCCUUCACACACAUUUAUACGCACACUCGGACACGGACACAAACACACCUCGCAAGCAACUGGAUGUCACCUUCUAUUGCUUCAGCAGACUGUGACCUACAGCAGUUACACCACGGUUGGUGGCGAGGCAUGCUCAUUUUGACCUUCAGCUCCUGCGCAGCCUGUGCGUUUCACCUCGGUCAUACAAACACAGCAGGCUUCUUGUGUGUCUCUGCCUCAUUAGCGGACGCACACUCAAACAACCACACACACACCAUUAAAGUGGAGACGCAUGGUAGAGCUUCUGAAUUAUGGCUGCUCUCUAAUUAGGCAAUUUUGCAGUCAUUCCAUUACCUUCAGUGGUUUCCUUUUAUGAUUAUACUUGUUUAUAAAUUAAUUACUGCUUGUGAAGUGUUUGUCCUCUUGCUGUGGUUGUGUGACAAAUGUCACUUUUUCUUUUAUAAAUGGAUUUUUGAUAUAUGAUCGGGUUUUAGUGCUAUGUUUAUCUAAUAAAGCAACAUUUGAUUACUGUGGAAA